AUGACUCACAGGAGGCCCCUGGCUCGGCUCCCAUUAAGGCAGGUAGGGCUAGGGUUCCCCUGUCCAUCUCGCCCACUCGUUAUCCCCGUUAUCGAGACCGGACCGCGUUGCACUUUCGCGAUGGCCAUUCAUCCGAGUUUCCCAUCUGAAGUGGACCCGAGAGGAAGCCUCUCGCCACAGCAGGCUCGAGCCAUCUCGGCAUGGACUGAGCAAGCGGCUGCAUCCUUGGAGACCCUGACUCUCUCGGAGUCAGUACCGAUCGGUGAUCAGAAUGUCUCCUUCUCGCAGUCCACCCCUACGCGCACCGCCUUGCGCGGAGCGACGGUCUCGUUAUCGAUCCCCUUGGAUGACCCAGUACCGACUACCGACAGCCCUUCCGCAGCUAAGGUCAGGCUUCUAGGUCAGACCGCAAAGGAGACGCAGGUGGCGUCGGUGACCUUCCGACGCCGCGAGCUGAUGCGCCGCGAUAGUCUAAAAAGACGGGAGGCCCUGUUGAAGGGGAAGGACGGUAGUCGUCGCAGACAGCGUUGGGAGAACGAUCGCCUCCUGCAUAAUCCCUGGGUCGAGCCGCCUUCUUCCAAGGACUGGGACAUCCAGGCGACCCACACUCGUCACAACCCCAUGCCUUACUACCUUGCACCGCUUUGGGAUACCCAUUAUGCGCAUCUCGACCAUAGUUCGUCCAAGCAGACGGCAGAGAUGAGGGCCGAGAAGCACCGCGUUCCCAAGGAGCUCCGCCAGAAACUAAAGCAUGCGCGUGCUGCACGCGGCAUACUUCAGGACAUAGAAGAGGAUAUCAGACACUUCAUCCAACGAUGGAACGAGAAACAGCUCUUGCUAAAGCAGGAGGGUCUGGCGGACGCUCCCCAAUCAUCUGACGAUGAUUCCGAGGACGAGGUAGUGUUUGUGGGGAGAAACGGUCUGAUGCAUGAUUCGCCGCAACGGAAGGCAAGAUUGCAAAAAAUGCGUGACGCGAUGAGUGCUCAUAAUGAGCGUGAUGGGGAAAAGAUGGUGUUCGAGAGCCUAGUCGAUGACCGGGCCGCUGGGUUCGGUCGCUGGCUUGUCCAUUCGAUCGCAUCCUAUUACGGCUUGCACACUUGGUCUGUUACCGUGGGGGAACCUGCCCGCCGUGAGGCUUACGUUGGAUUCUAUCCGCCAACCCCAGGCAGUCUAGCAGGACUGGUAUCCCAGCCGGCUGGGUCAAAGGUCUGCCGUCAGGAAGCCAUGAUCCAGCCCGGCGAUGAGCUGCCUCGACCCCUCUGGAUGCAGGUGAAGUGUGUGUGUCUAGUCCUGGAGUUGUCGGAUAGACGAAUGAUUGAUUUCGGGUAA